AUGCCGCCAUCCCGUCUAAUUGUACAUGUCCCUUUGGACAAAGAUUUGGCAAGGCUGAGCGCCACCCCCUUCUCCCUUGAGAUAGAAACCAUGCUACUCCCUGCGGGCUUGCACCAGCCCAAGUUUAUGCUCUAUGACGUAAAAACCGAUCCGUACAUGCACGUAAGCCACUUCUGGCAGGUUAUGGCUGGAUAUAGGCGUAACGAUGCUUUCAUGUGCCUUAUUUUCCCGUUGAGUUUAGGCGAGUUGGGCUUGAAGUGGUUUGAGAGGCUACCAGAGGAAAGUAUCAAAAUGUGGCAGCGGUUGGCGGAAGCAUUCGUGACCCGAUUCAAAACAAACACCAAAACACCAAAGGAGGUUCACCACCUUCUGAGUGUCAAGAUGGAGUCGGAUGACUCCCUUAAAGCAUAUAACGCCAAAUAUUGGGAAACUUUCAAUGAGAUCCUUGAUUGCCCAACCAACAUGCGCAUCAACGAGCACAUCCGAGUAGAGGAUGAUACGAACGUGGCCACCACAAAGAUGAAUUCAGAGGCAACAGACAAAAGGGUGGCUGGAAAAGUACACACGGUUGGACCAGAGACAAACCGUCCAAGUGACCGUGCAAGAGAACCGAACUGUGGUCCGGAUCGUAGAAACCGGGGUAAAGGUCGCCGCAACAACCGAGCUGAUUACCCACGCGAUGCCGCGGCAGAUGCGAAUAGAAAGUUGAACGUUUGGACAGACAUCACCACAAUUUUUAAGAUUCCAGUUUACCACAUACUUAGCGAAAUCCGCAACGAGGUGUACGUCCGAUUUCCGGCCAAGUUGGGCGAUACGCAGAAGGGCUUCAAUCCGUAG